AGUUGUCAUCUGUCAGUCAAUCAUCAAUCGAUGAAUAUUUUUACAAAAAGCAUCUAAUUUUAAGUUUUAUUCACACUUAUUCCAAAAAUUAUCUAAAGAUGUUUGUAAGACCAUUAAUAUUCAUCAUUUUAGUGUCAUUAUUUAAUUGCAUAUUUUCAAAAAGUGUUGAACUUACCUUCGAACUGCCCGACAGUGCCGUAGAAUGUUUUUAUCAGGAGAUAGAAAAAAAUACUUCUGCCGCGCUGGAAUACCAGGUAAUCACUGGCGGCCAAUACGAUGUAGAUGUUAAAGUAGAAGGACCCAAUAAACAAAUAAUCUACCAGCAACAGAAGAUGCAGUAUGAUUCUCAUCAAUUCACUGCUCAACAAACAGGUGUGUACAAAGUGUGCUUCAGCAAUGAAUUCAGUACGUUCUCACACAAACUGGUGUACAUGGAGCUUAAUGUUGGCCCAGAGGAACCUCUGCCAGGAGUAGGAGACCAUGCGACAGUACUUACACAGUUGGAGACUUCAGCUGAGGAAAUUCACUCCGCCCUCAACAAAAUAAUUGACCAUCAGACUCAUCACAGAUUAAGGGAAGCUCAAGGACGCAAGAGAGCAGAAGACUUAAACGAAAGAGUGUUCUGGUGGUCCAUGGGAGAGACUUUGGCAGUUGUUUGCGUCGCCUUCGUACAAGUGAUGGUCCUCAAAAACUUCUUCAGUGACAGACCUACAUUAUAUAAUCGAAUGUAAUAAUAGUAAAAGAAAUACAUAGAAUAUUUAUUAAAAAA